AUGGAGGCAGCAGAGAGAGCCCAAGUGGUGCAGCACUGGAUAGAGGUGGCUCUGGAGUGCCACCUACGAAAAAAUAUCUGCACCUUAUUUGCAAUCGUGUGUGCUCUGCAGAGCAGCCAGCUCCAAGGCCUGAAGAAGACGUGGAGAUUGGUUUGCAGGGAGAGAGUAGCUGUCUAUCAGGAGCUGAGGAGGAUACACUGCCAGGAGCAAGUGUACAAGGGGCGAGAGUCCAGAUACAAGAGCUUCUGGAAGAAACUCAAGAGAGGCUGCAAGAAGCCUCAACAAUUGGACUAUCCCGAGGGCACAGUCCCUUACCUGGGCACCGUCCUCACACACCUGGCCUCACUGCACAAAGACCAAGAUUCCAAGGAUGGCUCUUGGCUGAAUGUAAAAAGAAGACGAGAGGAAUUCAAGGUGAUGGCACUAAUGAAGGAACUAAAGGGCUCAUGUCAGGAGCUCCAGGUGGUUCCUGACAUGAACUUCGUAUCUUGGUUUAACAACAUGAACCGCCUAAAUGAGUUGGAAAGCUCCAAGCUAUCCAGGGAGCUGGAGCCUCCCCGCCGGGUACUUGUCCUGAGCAGGAACAACAAGAGGAGCCCUCCCCCGAGGAAGCGCUCAGGAAAUUGCCAGGCUUUGACAAGAGAGCUCAGCAACAAUGGCAGUUCCCAGUUGGAGACAAAUGAGCAGCUCAGCGGUGGGAAUGGCAGCCAUGCACCCAGCAUGCACUUGGGCUGCUCACCCAAGCCUUCUUCACACUGCAACCGAUUAUUUCAGUCGGCCCCAAACAUCUGCAUGGCAAAGAUGACAGAAUAUGAGGGAAUCUUGCCGUUCCUGAGCCCCCAGCCCUCCCGGAGAGCUGGGCAUGGGGCUGUAUCCUAGGCUGUCCUUUCUUCAGCCAAGAUGCGUGCACUCCAACCAGAGAAAAUCAUAUUCUCCAAUGAGUUAUGGGAAAUGCGUUGCACAAUGCACAAAGACUCAAAUGUCAGGUCAUUUAGAUUAAAAACCUAUGUGGAAACACUAA